CACUUAAGUAUCAUUCGGUAAAAAAUGUGACAGCGGGAAUACGAAAUAGUACAAAGCACGUGUUUUAUCUUUCGUAUUAAAAUUGUAAGAAAUAUUUUAACCAGGAAAAUAUGGCAAAUGAAACAGUGACGGACGAGAAGGUAGAAGACGAUAAAACUACAAAAACAGAUUUUUUAGUGUUAGGUUCUAAAAGCCACAAGAAAAAACGUGAAGUUAAAAGAGUAUUACCGAAUUGGUUAGCGCAUCCAGAAAUAAUAUCUGCUGAUUUAAGCAGUGGUCCAACAUUGGAUGAAAUGGAUUCUAUUUUAGACUCGCAGCUUAUUGAAAUUUUGAGAGCAAAUGGAAUUGAUAAGUUAUUUCCAGUUCAAGCUAGUAUAUUAGCUUGGUUGUCGAAAUCUGAGAAAGACAGAAAAUUAGGAUGGUGGCCACGAGACAUUUGUGUUUCUGCACCUACAGGCAGUGGUAAAACCUUGGCAUAUGUAUUACCAGUUGUACAACAAUUGCAAUUUAGGUUAGUACCAAAAAUACGUUGCUUAAUUGUAGUGCCAGUGCAAGAACUGGCUGUACAAGUUCACAAAGUUGUGAUCACUUAUACAUCUUAUACAAAUUUAAAAGCAGGUUUGAUUACGGGUGCCUCAUCUUUUGAACAGGAACAGAAUAACAUAAUAAGGAAAACUCUUUCUGAUGAAUAUAUAAGUACAGUAGACAUAUUGAUCGCUACACCAGGCCGUUUAAUCGAUCACAUAUUAAAAACUCCUGGCUUUUCCUUAGAAUCGCUUCGUUAUCUUGUUAUAGAUGAAGCGGAUCGUGCAACUGAGUGGUUGCAGUAUAUUCCUGAAGCUCACUCAGGUGCACCGCCAUUAACUUUGGAAAAUUUAUCUUCAAGUCCUCCAUUUGCGCAGAAAUUAUUGUUCAGUGCAACUUUGUCGCAAGAUCCACAGAAACUAAAUCAAUUCAGACUCUUUCAACCAAUACUCUUUACGUCGGUAAUAGUUUCUGACAAAGAUACAGAUGUAAAUUUGGAUGAGGAAGUAGGCAAUUUUUUAGGACGUUAUACGGGUCCGGAAGAAUUAAAAGAACGCGCAGUUGAGUGUUCUCCAGAGUUUAAACCGAUUGCACUUUAUCAAAUUUUGGUACGAAAGAGUACUAUUCCUAAGACUUUGGUAUUUACUAAUUCUGCUGAGUCGGCACACAGAUUAUCAUUACUGUUACAAUUACUUUUAUCCGAGAGGAACGUAGUUGUUGGAGAACUUUCUAGCAGAAUCGUAGCUAAGCAACGUGAGGAGGUACUCAAUAAAUUUGCUUUAGACGAAAUUAAUGUUCUUGUUAGCUCAGAUGCGUUAGCUAGAGGCAUGGAUAUACCGAAUGUUCAAUUAGUCGUAUCGUAUGAUCUUCCAAAGCAUAUUAAAGGAUAUAUACAUAGAGCUGGAAGAACAGGACGUGCAGGGAAAUCUGGUGUCGCGAUAUCUAUUCUUACGCACAAUCAAAUAGGAAUAUUUAAACAGAUGUUGAGUUCUGUUCACAAAACAUUACCGAAGGUGAAAGAAAUGGAAUUAACGGAUAUCGCGGAUACAUUGGAUUAUCAAAAUCAUCUUACUAAAUUAAAAGAUCUUUUGGAGAAAGAGAAGGUUACUACUUUAAAUCGAAUAAAAGCAAAGAAACGGAAAUACAAUCAACAAUCAACAGGAGAAAAAUAAAUAAAAAGUUUAUAUCGUGAUUUCUUUGUAUCUAUUCUUGCGAAAGUAAUCUCCUGCAAUAAAAUAGGUUCAAUAACGCCGUAAAUACAGUUGAUAGGGUAACAUCGAUAAUAACAUUUUAUUGUCUGAAGUUAAUAGUAUCGUACAUCAUGCUUAUACCCUACCGCAAAUAACUCUAUUAGCAGCUGAGAUAUCUUCAAAUUGUUUACUAAUUAUUAUUCCCACGGUUUUAUUUCGUCGAAGGCAGAUAUAUUCACAAUUUUAAUUUAUAAAAGAUAAAUAAUCAUUUAUCGAAUAACGACAUAGACGCAAUUUUAUUACUAUUAUUGCUGUGUGUAACUUCACUGCUCAAAGACCGACGAUAAUUGUCACGUCUUUGUGAUAAAAAGGAAAAUGGGAAAAUUAGAAACUAUUAUUCACUAAAUAAGAUAAAAAUUAAUAGUUCGAAAUAUUUCACCAAAUUGUGAAUGAAGAUAAACGUUAUUUUUUUUUUCGCAAAUCAAUGAUCCUCAUUUUAUACGAUUUAUGUUUCGAUUUGCACGGAGAUAGACACAGCAUACAAUAAUAAUUUGCAAUAGUGCGGGUUUAUCAUUUCAAUUUAAAGCAUGUCUUAAGCUGUCGGGGUUUGCACAGUUAACUCGUUACAUUAAUCGCUUAAAGAAUGGGAAAAAUUUAUUCGAAAAAAAUUUGAUUUCUUUUUUGUCGUCAUCUCUCUCUCUUCUUCUCCCUCUUUAUUUCUCUCCUUCUUUUUAUAAAUAUCUUUUAAAAUAACACUCAUUUUUUUUCCUACGCUCAAUUCUUUCAAAUUUGUUUUCUUUAAUUUUAUACACCAUCGUUCAUUUUUUUGAUUUUUCAUUACGAAAAGGAAAUCAAUCCAUAAUAACAACAACAAUCGAUACCCUCGUUAUCCACUUGGAGUUCUUGCAGACAAAUCUAUCUUUUCUUCCUUCUUUCUUUCUUUUUUAUUUUUCUUUUUCUUUCUUUCUUCCUUUCUUUCUUAUCAUUUUUCGAACAGACAAAGGUAACGAAAAGUGACCAAGUUAUCCCCGAAAGCUCAAUAACUCCAGCAGCGAGAGGAAUAUCACGCUCGUAUGCACAGGAUUCACAUUGAAUUUAUAUUCUUUUAAGAUACGUACAUACAUGCCCGAACGAUAUAUACGUUUUUAUAGCGAAUCGAACCUUAUCUUUUCUCGCAUUCGUCAAUAUGUUACACUUUUAUUAUAAUAUAUGUAUGUAUAGAUUGAAUGUUCAUUUUAUUAGUCGCGUUAUACAAAAUCUAGUUCAAAUUUGACAACGAACGAUGCGAACGCUUUUCAUUAAUUAAUAAAAAGCGUUAUUCUAUUAAUCAUUCGUUAUUCUUCAUUAACGUUCCUAUCGACAGAGUCAACACUGAAUUUUGUAUUAUUUACACGAAUAGAUUCAUUAACGUUUAUACGUGUGUAUGUACAUACAUAUAAUGUGGUCCUAUAUGAUUCAUAUGUCUCGUUGCCAUGUAUAUGUAUUAUCGUUCCUUAGUUUUAAUUAAUAUUCAAACACCCGUUGUGCAAAGACCUUUCUGAAACUUAUCGUCGAUCGCGGUGUCGCUUUUGAUUUCUUUAAGAAAAUUAAUUAUGUUAUUAAAUAAUUAAUACUUAUAAUAACUUAUUGGGAUAUGUAAGUACAUAUAUAUGUAUAUUUUGUAACGCCUAUGUGCUUAUAAAGUUAAUUAUGUCAUACAGUUGAACGUAAUCGUUUCAAUUUGAUUGUUAUAUAAGAAUGAAUUAAACGAUUGUUUUUAUAAUUAUCGACCGUGACCGACGAGUGAAUAAAAGAAUAUUUUAAGA